CUGCCGGGCGCCGCGCAGCUCUGAGGACGCCCCGGGCUGCCGCCGGCUGUGGGCCGCGGCGAUCGCGGGACGCGCGGGUCCCCUCGCCGCCCCCCUCACCCUUUUAGAGGAGUCAAAUCCGGCUUUUAGACCGUGGGGAGGGUGGGGAUAUCCGGUGCCUCCCGGGCGCCGGGAGGAAGGGGGAGGGCGGAGAAGAUCCUUGGCCAGUCUGCGCCGAGCAGAUUCAAACCAAAACAAAAAGAUUAAAGGAGCAGUGGCCGGAGCGGCAGCGAUCCCCCCGGCCCGGACCCCGGGGGUGGCGCGCCCGGGAACCGCGGGGGCUGCGCUGACUCCCCGCGGGGCAGGAGGGGGGAGCGGGCACCAGGCGUAGUGGGGAAGGCGCGGGGGGGGAGCCGAGGGGAGGGCGCGGGCCGGAGGAGGGGCGGACCCGCCCGCUCCGCCCGCAGCGCGGAGCCGAGCCGAGCGGCCAGGGCUGGGCGCGACCCCGGCCAGCGGCGGCGCAGAAAGCAGGCGGAGGCGCGGGUCAUGCUGCGGCUGGCGCUUGCCGGGGCCCGAGCCAUCGUGGACAUGUCGUACUCCCGCCACUUCCUGGACUUCCAGGGCUCGGCCAUCCCCUGCGCCAUGCAGAAGCUGGUGGUGACCCGGCUGAGCCCGAACUUCCGCGAGGCCGUCACCCUGCGCUGGGACUGCCCGGUGCCACUCCCCGGGGACGGAGACCUCCUCGUCCGGAACCGAUUUGUUGGUGUUAAUGCAUCUGACAUAAACUAUUCAGCCGGCCGCUAUGACCCUUCCGUCAAGACCCCGUUUGACGCAGGUUUCGAAGGUGUAGGCGAGGUGGUGGCCUUGGGCCUCUCCUCCAGUGCCACAUUCACAGUUGGCCAGGCUGUGGCUUACAUGGCACCUGGCUCUUUUGCCGAGUACACAGUGGUGCCCGCCAGCACGGCCAUUCCCGUGCCGGCCGUGAAACCCGAGUAUCUCACCCUCCUGGUGAGUGGUACCACGGCCUACAUCAGCCUGAAAGAGCUCGGAGAGCUAUCAGAAGGGAGGAAAGUUCUGGUGACUGCAGCAGCUGGGGGGACCGGCCAGUUUGCCGUCCAGCUUGCAAAGAAGGCCGAGUGCCAUGUAAUUGGAACUUGCUCUUCUGAUGAAAAGUCUGCCUUUCUGAAAUCUCUUGGCUGUGAUCGUCCCAUCAACUAUAACGGCGAGCACGUGGGUGCUGUCCUGAAGCAGGAGUACCCGCGAGGCGUGGACGUGGUGUAUGAAUCCGUCGGGGGAGCCAUGUUUGACUUGGCUGUGGACGCCUUGGCUACCAAAGGGCGCCUGAUAGUGAUUGGGUUUGUCUCUGGCUACCAGACUCCUACUGGCCUGUCCCCUGUGAAAGCAGUAACACUGCCAGCCAAACUGCUGAAGAAAUCCGCCAGCGUCCAGGGCUUCUUCUUGAACCAUUACCUUUCUAAGUAUCGAGCCGCCAUGGACCACUUGCUUAAGAUGUAUGCGAGUGGAGAGCUGGUUUGUAAGGUCGACCUUGGAGAUCUGUCUGCAGAGGGCAGGUUUACCGGCCUGGAGUCUGUCUUCCGGGCCGUCGAUUAUAUGUACAUGAGAAAAAACACUGGAAAAAUUGUUGUUGAAUUACCUCACUCUGUCCACAGUAAGCUGUAAAAACAGAACAAUGGCAUAAAUAAAAGGACAAAGAAAAUGGA